CCCACAAUGUAGCUACACUCAAUGACUAAAAGGGGGAAGCACAAAGAAAUUGGCUGCUUUAGUCCGAGAUGGUCUUUUAACUCACUCCAAAGAGCGAACACAAUUGGAAUUGGAUUCAAAAGCACACACUGGUCGCUAGAUUUUUACUUAUUAUUUUUCAAAAGGCGGGGUAUAAUUCGAUAUUGAUGUGGAAGUUUUUGUCAGCUGCCAGCUAACUAGUUAGCUAGCAAUCUGAGUUAACACGACGAGUUUGCCUCAGUUCGUUCCUGGUCGUAUACGCUACCUUAACCAACUUACCAACUACUUGGUUUGUAUUGGCAUUCCUGAAGUGAUGUACAUCCAAUUCCACACAGUAGAAUUUUCCAAAAAGCAUUGCAGCAUGUCAAGGUCACAAUGAUGGAGCAGAAUAGAAAGACAUUUUGAUCUGUGGCCAAUGCCUUCUGAGGGACUGUCUGGUUUUUAGGUCUCGCAGUACAAGACCUGGAUCGUGGCACAUUUGGCACAGGCCUGAGGGUAUGUUGAGACGUCUCGCCAGGCCAGAGCAGAGGCGUCUAGGUGGUUCGGACGGGGACUGAGGGUGAGGUGGAACGACAGACAGGGGACCAGGGAGGAAGACAUGGGCCAGUGUGUCACCAAGUGUAAGAAUCCAACGUCCUCACUCGGCAGUAAGAGUGGAGACAAGGACAGCGGCUCCAAGUCCCAUCAUAAGAAAGGAGGCGGUGCUGGUGGUGGUGGGGGCCACAAAGAAGAGUCCAGUGCCCCGUGUAGCAAAGCCACCAGUGAGCUGUCGAAUGGCACUAAGGCACUGGAGGUUACAGUGGAGACACCGGUCAUCCCUGCAGUGAUGGGGGAACCACGGAAGGACGAGUGUCUGGACGGAGACGGGCUGUCAAUGCUGCGCAUUGAUGAGCUGUUCUGCUGCUACAAGGAUGAACACGAAGACGCCAUCUUGGAGGAAGGCAUGGAGAGGUUUUGUAAUGACCUGUGUGUGGACCCAGCAGAGUUUCGUGUACUUGUUCUUGCCUGGAAGUUUCAAGCAGCUACCAUGUGCAAGUUUACAAGGAAGGAGUUUGUUGAGGGCUGCAAGGCCAUCCAGGCGGACAGCCUCGAGGGUAUCUGCUCACGUUUUCCCUGCAUGCUGUUGGAUGCCCAGGGCGAGGAGAACUUCAAGGACUUGUACCGCUUCACUUUCCAGUUUGGCCUGGAUGCUGAUGAGGGCCAACGCUCAUUGCAGCGCGAAAUCGCCAUCGCCCUAUGGCGCCUAGUUUUCACCCAGGACACACCUACAAUCCUGGAGCACUGGCUGGACUUCCUGGCGGAGAACCCCUCAGGUAUUCGGGGCAUCUCAAGGGACACAUGGAACAUGUUCCUCAACUUCACCCAGGCUAUCGGGCCCGACCUGAGCAACUACAGCGAGGACGAGGCCUGGCCCAGCCUCUUCGACACCUUCGUGGAGUGGGAGUUGGAGCGCAGGAAAAAAGAAGAGGAACAAGCACUGAUGGCAAACGAGGAAGAGGGGAGGUGUACUGAGACAGAGUGUUCUCCCACCACUGAUAGACUUGAAACAGAGGGAAGCCGCGGCUCACAGACGUGGGGGGGCCACUGACCAGGAAACAAGAAAUAUUUGUAAGGAAGGGAAGGAUAUGACCUGCGUGUGAACUGUACAUCUGUGAAUCAUUGGAUGAAUAUUAGUAUUACCAUGACAGCUGUUCAUUUCGCUCUCCUUUUCUGUUGGGGUGGGAUUCCUGCUUUGCAACCUUAUUUUUUGGUUUCUGAAAGGGCUCUAAGAACUGUUAUGUUUUAAGCACUUCUAUUUAAGUUAUUGUUUUACUUUACCCUCCUUCCAUGAGUGUUUUUAGUAAUUGGACAUGUGGUCCAUUUUAACCUACACCCACCUACCAUAACCCAGCAGAUAUAGCUCAGUAAAGGCUUGGUUUUAAAAACGGGCAACAGAAAGCCAUCACAUUUCCCCAGAAUGUUCAUAUAGACGGUUGAUUUUGGCAUGGUAACAUUGCUGAUAUGUUUUGUACAAGGAAAUAGUUAAUAAUGAAGAAGAAGGGAAAUGUGGGCAAACCUGUCUACAAAUAAUUUCUUACUACCAAAACAUGAGAUUUACCACAAUGGUCAGUGAAAUCAUUUUUAUUGGACUAAUCUAGUUAGAUUGUAUGCUUUCAUCUUGCAGUGCUGUGAGGAUGAAUUGGUUGCACUUGUAUUGCCUUCCCAACUGUUUACCUGCAAUUACAUGGCUAACAGUGUGGAUUACAAAUCUGUCACAAGGGCAUUUACUUUUUAAAAACAAUACAAAGUUGCAUUAUCCAUUUAAAAUCCAAGUUGGUUUCCAUGCUAACAGUUCCACCCUCUCUUCUGCGUUGAGUGUUUUUGAGUGCUAAUAGUGCAGGGAGCGGCUUAGCUUGUUUAAGCAGCCGGCUGUGCUCCCCUUUGACCUCUAGCAUGUACCAUUUUGAUGUCCACAUAUUUCCAAGAAGCGGUUAAGUGUAUACAACACAAUGAUGCUGGCUUUUCUCUGAUUCCUCAUUAAUCUCCUUUUAGGAAGUCUGUAACACAACAAAUCGGCUAAAGCUAGGUCUUGGUCAUUUCUCGACAGAAGAUGCCUAAACCUGCAUUACAUUCAGGACCGUUACACUGGGCGCCACACAAAGCUUAUAUUGUUUACCUGCAGGAGUUUAAGAGUCUUCACAUCCUUGAACUGCUAUACAAAAAAGUGUGUGCGCACUUCACAAGUAAUGUUGACUGCUGCUGGUGAUGGUUGUAAUGGAUUGCACAAAACUCAAUGGCAUGCUUAGUUGCUAUACUUGCAAUGCUUUGCUGCGAGAUUGCUGUCAACCACAUUAUUUCCAUUUUAAACCUUUUCCAAACUGUAGAUUGAGCUUAAGUAUAGCCUGGUGUUUUGGGAUGAGUGAAUUAGUGUUAACUAGACACUCUGGCUAAUCAAGAGUCCGUCAUAUGGGUCCAGUGUGGUAAGAGGAUGGCCAUAACCUUUUUGGUUUACAUCUACAAUGGUUUUAUUUCAGACCCCCUUUGUCCUUUUUUAUAUAAAAUGUAUUGAUUUAUAAUAAAUAAAAACAGUGUUGA